GUACAAGCCAUUUAUACUAUUUUAAUACUUGAAAUACCUAAAACAGGCACUUUUUCUUUUUGGGAAAACUUUCCUAGUUUCAGACCAAUACAUAUUUUAUAAUAUAUAUAUAAAAAAAAAAUAAUAAAAAAAAAAAAAGUUGUGUAGAUGAGCACAUAAGGAAAAUUGCAAUACCAAACCUUCCACACCGCCAUCUCUAGAUCACCAGAAAAUUCUGAAAAGCCUUGAUUCGGCCAAACCCUUAUAAAUUCUUUUUCUUUAUCUUCUUCAUCAGCCAUGAGCCCUAGUAUUGAUCCUGGUUAACACGACAAUAGAAAUAUUUAUAUAAAUAUAGAUAUAGAUAUAGAAACCCUAGGAUACAGAGAGCUAGAAUACUACUGGAUAUGGGGAGAGGGAAGAUCGUGAUUCGGAGGAUUGAUAACUCAACAAGCCGCCAAGUAACAUUCUCCAAACGAAGGAAGGGUUUGAUUAAGAAGGCCAAAGAGCUCGCAAUUCUCUGCGAUGCAGAAGUUGGGCUUGUCAUCUUCUCCAGCACAGGAAAGCUCUAUGAGUUUGCGAACACCAGCUGCAUGAAAUCGGUAAUAGAACGAUAUAACAAGGCAAAUGAGGAACAUCAACAACUUCUCAACCCAACAUCAGAAAUUAAGUUUUGGCAAAGGGAGGUGGCAAUCUUAAGGCAUCAACUGCAGAACCUCCAAGAAACUUAUAGACAAUUGAUGGGGAAAGAACUUUGUGGUUUGAGCGUGAAGGAGCUACAAAAUCUCGAAAACCAGUUGGAAUUAAGUCUUAAGGGCAUCCGUAUGAAAAAGGAACAAAUGCUCACCGAUGAAAUACGAGAGCUAAGCCGAAAGGGUAACCUCAUUCAUCAGGAAAAUGUUGAUUUAUGCAAGAAGAUAAAUCACUUUCGUCAAGAAAACUCGGAAUUGAACAAUAAGGUACAUAAUUGACCAAUUCAAAUUAAUUACGAAUCAUUGACAAAUUAUUUCAGAUGUAUGUAUAUAUAUAUAUCGUAAUUAAUAUGCUAAGUAGUGUUGGUACUUAAACUGAA